AGAAGGCGAGACAGCAUAACAAGCGGCUCAUUGCUCAAGAAGAGUCCAAGCGCGUCCAGCAAUCACGUUAGUAGCAGCAUGGGUGGCAAGGCCAAGUUCAAAAAGCACACGGCGGCGGACCUCGAACGGCGCCAGAAGCAGGUCAACAAGGGCGGAGGCAAAGCCGGCGCCGCCACUCGUGGUGUCGCGAAGCUCAACUUUACGUGCGACAUCUGCAUGAGUGCGUCACCCGAUAUCAAGUCGUACGAACAGCACUACACCAGCAAGCACCCAAAGGCGGUAUUCGACCGUGAUGCCAUGAUCCAGAAGGCUGAGGCGCUGCGUGAGGCGCAGCAGGACCACUCAGGCAACGGCUCGCACCACAAGAAGAAAUAAAAAAAUUGCUGCAAGUCUCGUGGAUGGAGGACGGAGAGUGGCGCGUCUGCUGCAGCGCUGCAGUCGCCCUAACCUCCUCGUCAUUCUUCUAUACGUGUUGAGUUUCACACCGUCCGCAGUGUAACUGGCAGUUGCUGCUGCACACGAGUGAGCAGGCGGAACUUCUCUCCACCGGAGGAGACCAAGCGGACAUCGCAGUCCGUUUCACCAACCCACGUCGGAAACCCAAAGCCCAUCUUGUAUUUAGUUGUAAUAUCUAGCACCAGUACCAGUAGCGUCGUCCGUUGCAGUAAUAGUCACGCCUAGAAGCACGAGGAGAGCGUACUUGCAAUGAACACGUUGGUUCUGUUUGAUCUUUUGGUUUGUCUGCUUUAUCUUCAGUUUUGUCAUUUUAUAACAAGACGAAAAAAAACCAUU